GUGAGAGAGAGAGAGAGAGAGAGAGAGAGAGAGAGAGAGAGAGAGAGAGAGAGAGAGAGAGAGUGUAAAAAUGGCGGCGCCCAUGGAGGUGAUCGUGAGCAGUGACUCGGGCUCGCAGCUGUGGAACUGCGCGGUGUCGGAGCUGCACAGCGGCAGCAGCCUCCUCUCCUACCGGGGAGGCAACACGGCGUGCCGCGGCCUGGCGCUGCUGGGCUCCGACUACAUCCUGGGAGCCCAGCUGGGCAAGAACUUCAUCAACGUGUGGGAGCUGCAGAGGAAGGAUCAGCUGCAGCAGAAGAUCGUUUGUCCCGGCGUGGUCACGUGUCUGACCGCCGCGCCCAACGGCCUGUACCUGGCCGCCGGCAUCGCCGAGGCCGUUUACCUGUGGGAGGUUUCCAGCGGGAACCUGCUGGCCGUGCUGAGUCGGCACUACCAGGAUCUCACCUGCCUGCGCUUCACCGACGACAGCAGCCACUUCGUCUCUGGGGGGAAAGACAACCUGGCGCUGGUCUGGAGUCUGGCCAGUGUGGUCCAGCUGGAUUUGAACCACACGCCGGAGCCUCGCCACGUCCUGUCCCGCCACUCACUGCCCAUCACAGACCUGCACUGUGGGCUGAUGGGACCGCAGGCCCGAGUCGCCACUGCCUCGCUGGACCAAACUGUGAAGCUUUGGGAGCUGUCCUCAGGUGAGCUGCUUCUGUCCGUCCUCUUUGAUGUCGGGAUCAUGUCCGUGACCCUUGACCCUUGCGAGUACUUCCUGUUCUGUGGUGGCAGCGAUGGCAACAUUUUCCAGGUGUCCCUGUGCAGCCAGAGUCUGAGUCGGGACAAGGCCUUCCAGUCAGACAACGACGGCAACCAGGUGUUCAAAGGUCACAGGAACCUGGUGACCUGCCUGUCGGUGUCCAUGGACGGGACGCUCCUUCUGUCAGGGUCCCACGACGAGACUGUCCGGCUGUGGGACGUCCAGAGCAAGCAGAGCAUUCGCUGCAUCAGCCAUAAAGGUGCGGUGACCAACGCCGUCAUCACGCCGGCUCCGGCCAACAUGUUCCUGCCGGACAGCCGGCCGGCCGCCGCCCUGCCGCGCUUCAGCCGCCACCUGCACACCUCCGAGGGGGAGGGGGGCGAGUCGGGAGGGGUGUGUGUCCGGCCGGGACUCUUCACACAGGAUGAAGACGAGACGCACCUGCAGAAGGCCGAGCGACUCUAUUCGCUGAUGAAUGCUGUGACAGACAAGGCGGUGUUUGGCGACGGCGAGAACACGAAGGUCCGAGUCGCCGAGCUCGAGGAGGAAGUUCAGACUCUGAAGAAAAUCAACAAGGACCUUUACGACUUCUCCAGCCAGCUGCUCACCAAGCCCACAUAGACACACACACACAGACACACACACACACACACACACACACACACACACACAAACUGUAAACUAUAAUCACUGAGAUUAAAAGUCUUUUUUGUAAAACUG